AUGCAUACCACGCAGCUAACAUUCCUAGAACGCCAUUAUUCGUACGAGUGUAAAGCUUCAGCUGCGGAGCGGCCUUACAUCCCGAGGCCGUCGCGCACGCAGCAGCUUUUUAACCCCAAGCUGUUGCCCAAGCUUACCCAGCUGGACGACGAGUCGCCAUCUAGGGAUGUGAGCCCAAGGAGAAGCAGGAGCAGAUCAGCUUCGGUCGAUUCGGUGUCGACCAUCUCCACACGAUCUCCAUCCCCAAGGCCUUCUCGCCAUUCUAGGUCGCCACCACCACGGAAAGCGCAUGCGCAAGAUCUCUUUGAGCCGUCGCCUAAGGCGCCUUCGGCUCGCCAACGUUCAGUCGACUCCCGGGAUCGGUAUUCUAGCCGUAGGUCAGAGAGUCCCGUCAAGCAUUCAUCCCGGAAAGGGUCACCACCCCCUCGUCGCCAUUCACCGUCGCCCCGUCGUGAGCGCGGACGUGAGCGCGGACGUGGCUCUGGGAGGGCAAGGCCACCCAGGCGCGACUAUUCCGUUUCCGAGUCCAGGUCCAGGUCACCAGUCCGCUCACCAGUCAGGCGGGAUAGCAAGGGAGAAAACCACAGGGCAGGAGGAUAUUACCGGGACAGGGAAGAUGGCCGUGGACAGCCGAGAUACAGGAGUCCGUCGCCGCAACAACGACCUCCAAAGGGCGAACCGUCUCCCCCGCCAGCGCCGCGCGAGCGGAGUCUCAGCCCUUUCAGCAAGAGAUUAGCUUUAACAAAGUCUAUGAAUAUGGGUGGUAGAUAG